GGCUGGAAUGAAAGAUUUCUCCGACCCCGUGUGGCCCUGUGCUGCUUGUUACAAGACCGCAGAAUAUCGAGGAAGACAGCUUCAGGCUCCCGCUGACUUUAUAUGAUUUCUUACAGCAGGGAAAUUAAUUAAAACAUCCAGAGAAGGAGAAAGACUGCCAAUAACAGCCUCGGUCUGUGUGCAUGCACCUGUGGGGAGAAAGUGGAGCUAUGUGACAAGGUUAAAUUACAGUAAGCGCCUGACACUGACAAUGUGGACAUCAGCGAGGAAUAUAUAGUGUAGGCUAUCAUCUUAAUUCGCAUCGUGUUAUCAGCGCAUUCAACUUCAUUAUUACCAGAGUGGUGAGUGGAAGGAGAGAGUCCUGCCUUCCCCCCUCCCUGCCCAUUCCAUCAUCUGUAGAGCAUCUUUCAUGCGUCUCCCUGGGCCCCAAUCCCACGUCAGGAUGAACUGUGAGCAGGAUUUUGGAGAUGGAGGCAUGAACAUCACUCUAACUCUCCGGCUGCUCAUGCACGGCAAGGAGGUCGGCAGCAUCAUAGGCAAGAAAGGAGAGACUGUGAAAAGGAUACGAGAGGAGAGCAGUGCACGUAUCAAUAUCUCAGAAGGCUCGUGCCCAGAGAGAAUCAUCACCAUCACGGGUGCCACAGAGUGCGUGUUUAGAGCCUUUACUAUGAUCACAAUCAAACUGGAGGAGGACUUGGCUGCUCUUGUGGCAAAUGGCACAGUCACCAGUAAGCCUCCAGUCACACUGCGGCUGGUUAUCCCAGCCAGCCAAUGCGGUUCCCUCAUAGGCAAGGGCGGCUCCAAAAUCAAAGAGAUCAGAGAGAAAACAGGGGCUCAGGUACAGGUGGCAGGAGAUCUGCUCCCUAACUCCACAGAGAGAGGCGUGACGAUAUCUGGCAGUCAGGACGCUAUCAUCCAGUGUGUCAAGCUCAUCUGCACUGUAAUACUGGAGUCUCCUCCAAAGGGUGCUACAAUUCCAUACCGCCCCUCUCCAGCUCCAGGCACGGUGCUUCUUGCUGGAAAUCAGGUUUUCGAAACAUCAGAGUUUGCGUCUCACCCGCUUUUCUCAAUGACUCAGGGAGGGCUGGAUCUGCAGCAAGCGUAUACUGUACAAAACCAAUACGGCAUUCCACACUCAGAGUUGGCCAAGUUGCACCAGUUGUCCAUGCAGCAGGGUCUUGCCCCAAUGGCUCAGCCCACAGCCACCCAAGUUCUCUCUGGCAUCGAGUCCAGUUCCCAUACAGCAUCACAAGAACUUCUCAUUCCAAAUGACCUGAUUGGUUCAAUAAUCGGCAGACAGGGUACAAAAAUCAACGAGAUCCGCCAGGUGUCAGGAGCUCAAAUCAAGAUCGGCAGUCAGAUGGACAGCACUAGUGACCGGCACGUCACCAUCACAGGCUCUCCAAUCAGCAUCAACUUGGCCCAGUAUCUAAUCACAUCCUGUUUAGAGACCGCCAAAUCCACUGCCCAGUCCUCCUCCAUGUCGACCCCCGUAGACCUCAACAUGAGCUUCACCCAGACUGCUCCCCAUGCAUCGUCCUCUGCCGCAGCCCUGGCAGCGAUGGGCGGCCUGCCCCAUGCUCCAAUCUUGGGCGCCCCCUAUACCCUUCCCCUCUCCAGCCUCCUGGGAAUCAAAUCUGUCCCCUUCCUGGCACUCUCGGCCCCGGCUGCCACAGCUGCUGCCCCUGCCCAUGGCACCUUGGCCUCCUACACCGCCAAGAUCUCCUCUGCCAACGGCAUCAAGAAACCAGAGCGACAGAAGUUUGCACCCUACUGAAGAGGAAAUACCGAGUACUUCCUUUGUUUCCGAUACAACGAUCGGAGAGGAAUACUUUAAGGUUCUUCUCUUCUAGCCUGAUGUAGCGGUGUAGAAACAGACAGUACCAAAUUUAUUUUCUUUUUGGUUUGAUAGCUUGUCCUGAAAAACUGUAGGAAAAUAAUCGCAUACAUUUUAAAAUGUUUUAGUUUUUUUGGGCCGAGGUAGCCACUAAAGCCAUAGACUAUUCCUAAUCUCCUAUUUUCCCGAAAUCUUUACACGUUUAUUGUCAGCUCUUAUUUAUUGAUGAUAACGAAAUAUUCCCGCAAAGAGUUUAUAAAGUAGAACACUGUUGACUGAUGCUAAUCUCGUGUAUCAGCUUUUAUACAAUGAUGUCUGUGAAUGCUUCUGUAUACAACUUCCUGAUUUUUUUUUUAGAAAUCUUUAAAUGAUGUAUUAAAAACAAAAUAUGAAAAAUGGAAAUGUUUUUAAAAUGACAACUGAUCUAAACAUUGCUUUUGCGUUACAUUUUUACGUUUUGUUCACAUUCGUCUUGAAAUGUUAUUUAUUUGAUUUAAUUUAUUGUAUGGAGUGUUUCUCUUACAGUUUACUGUUGCUUUUCUGUAACGGCUGCAGGUAAAAAAAAAAACUAAAAAAAAACUUUUCAAAUCUCUUCCAUUCAAUUGUGGUUACAUACGUCCUGAAAAAGACACACGUCUAAGUAACCACAAACAAGAUAUCUGUUUAAUUAGUAGUGAGUUUCUAUAAUUUCAAUGGGAAGUGUAUGGUGACACGGUGAAUUCUGGUGUGAUUAAAUAUCCCAAUAUGAAACGGCUAGCAAAUUCAUUUCUAAACUUUGGCUAGCUGUGGCAGAGUAUGGACAAUAUUGUUUCAGGGGGUUUCUUUCACCAUUUCUAAUGGUAUAAAAUGACUACUAUGCAUGGUGACUGCCCUCGUCAGAAAUUAAUGCUGCAUGUUUACUUGGCCCCUCACACGUGCACACUAGCAAAGAUAGGUAAUGCAUAGGUCGCUUUGUUGAUGGCGUUAAAUCAGGCAGUGUUGCAGAAGAGCAAUAUUCGAAAAUACAAAAAUAUAGACAUAUAGCAGACCUACACAUAAACAUGCUUCAAGUGUAGCUACAGUAACAAUUAUGCUCGAUCACAGAGUAUAUUAUGUGGACUGACUUUUUGUUUUGUUUUUUAAAAAUAUAGAAAUAAAAUCACACUUAUUUUUCUAAACCUAGCGUCCUAAAAAUUGAAUGUGACCACUCACGAUUCACUCACUUGGUAGAUGUAGUGUAACCUUGACUCGUGUUUGUCAUUUUUUUUCUUUAUCGUAAUUUGUUAUUCUUUUCGUUUUGUUUAGAUCUUCUCAAAUGUCUUUCCCAUACUCAUUUGCAUGAAUUUAACUUGGCGUCUAUGCAAAACAUUUCGCGGGUGGUUCAGCAAGGUAUCUUAUGUCAUGCUUCUUAGAUGGCCCUAAAUAAACCACCGUUGGGAAAGGGCUAUCAGGAAAGGCGGAUCCCAAGGCAAGGACAAUGAUGCUUUCGAAUAUAUGAACCAUGCUAUGUAACAUUAAUAUAUAUGUUAUAUUAUAUCCAUAUUUCCCAUUCCAAAGCCUAACACAUAACCACCCUUUCACACUCUAUACAAAAUGACACAGUGUGGCUAUGACACGCACCAUCACACUUCACCGCGAUAAUUCCACGAUAGCUGGACAUGGUUUGAAAACUGUUCAGAUGCUUGAAUUAUCCGAUUGUUUUUGGAUUCACAUGAGGAUUUGUUUGUCAGCCUUGGCAUAAAUGCAACUCUUGUUUUAGUUUUAUUCAUCAAUGCCAUACAAAGGAAUAAAAACAAUACUGUAUUAACGUAA